AAGCCGACUGUGAUGGUACUUUUGAAGUAGACAUUAAACUUAUAAAUGGAACAGUGAAAGAGAAUUAUCCUGUUGUACUUGCCAACACAGUUCUCGCGGAGAAAACCAGAAUAUGGGCACAAGAAAAUCAGAGGGGACCUCCAGAAUUGGCAGAUGUGGUGCUUGUUCUUGUAGAUCCUCAUGGCGGACAAAAACUCAUGGAUGAUCAUAAGCGUAUUGAGGACUACCUUGAUAAUCUUGCAAGCAGCUCAAUUGAAUUUAUAUAUAAAAGGCAACCAUAG